AAGAUGCAUGCACGCUUCCGGGUCUCGGUGCGUGCUCGAACGGCCAGUGUUGGAACGUUCGCUCCUGGACCGUUAAACCGCCUCGUUGCAAGCAACAACAAUAACAACAACAACAACAACGUCGGAGGAGGAGCCGGAACCGGAGCCAGGCGGUCGAGCUUGGGCUGAGCCGAUGCGAAGGAGAGAGCGAUCCAUCUUGCACCUUUCGCAUCAGGAUUACUAACAAAUCUAAGGCAAUUUCUGAAUGGCCUUAUAAAACGUGGCAGGUUUUAAAAAGUAACUCAUGGUACAGGUCUGAAGUGAAGGCCAGGGUGGAGAUGUGCCACAAAAGAGAAAAAGGCUGCUGCUAAACAAAGAAUGCCAACCAUUGGGAGGGUAAAACUAUACUGGAUUUUGAAGUCUGGUAAUUCCAUCCAACAAUUGAAUCUUGAUCAUUUUGCCUCAGAAGGAAGAUGAACUUCAAAAUUUGAAGAAAGAGGAAGGGGUCAAAAGUUGGGCUCCGGAAAUCCUCUCCACCACCCGCAAGGCAAGCCAGCCUUGUGAUGGAGUAUUCUUGACUUGUCAGGGUGGAUGCAACUGUAAUUACACUUGAAAGCUCAACAUCUCCCAGUGUUAGAUACCACAUCUGUUUGGAACUGUGAACUGGAAUAGAAGUUGAAAUACUAUAACUGAAAAACCAGGUUCACUGGUGUCCUUUCUGCUAGACUUUGUUUAUAUCUGCCUUUACUCAGACUCUAGAAUUGGCUGCCCAGUUGGCUAUGUAUAGCACUAUCUAGAUGGUAUGCUGUCUGUUGAUCAGUUGGAUAACAAGUCAUACACAUGGAACCCGACAAUGAUAUUGCACUGGAUAUUUUGAUAACAAACGUAGUCUGUGUCUUUAAAACAAGAUGUCAUUUAAAUCUCCGGAAGAUUGCACUGGAAGGAACAAAUGUGAUCUAUAAAAGAGAUGUUGGAAAAGUGUUAAUGAAACUGAGGAAACCCAGGAUAACAGCCACAAUCUGGUCUUCAGGGAAAAUUAUAUGCACUGGAGCCACGAGUGAAGAAGAUGCAAAAACUGGUGCUCGAAGAUUAGCCCGCCUUCUGCAGAAACUGGGUUUUCAGGUAAAAUUUGCUGGCUAUAAAAUUGUCAAUGUCCUGGCUGUAUGCACAAUGCCAUUUGAAAUCAGGCUACCAGAAUUCACAAAAAGAAAUCGGCCAAUUGCAAGCUACGAGCCAGAACUGCAUCCUGCAGCAUCUUAUAGAGUUAAAGCGUUAAAAGCUACACUUCAAAUUUUUUCCACAGGCAGUAUAACAAUAACAGCACCCAGCAUACAAUGUGUUGCAACUGCAGUGGAGCAAACCUAUCCUUUAAUCUUUGAAUCCCGAAAGAUGAUUAAAUAACCAUUCCUAUUCUGGGACCAUCCUUUUGGCUAUUGAAUAGAUGACUACAAAGACCAGUUUUACCAUAUAAUAAUUCUGGGAAUGGACAUACAGUAAAUGAGAGACUGUGAGAAGCUUAUAACAAUGUAUGAACACAAUGCAAAUGUAUUCAUAUUGGGAUGUUAAUAUUGUUUUAUUGUGAACUGUUUACAUGACAUGAUGCUGCUGUUUUUCUUGGGAGAGCUCUUUUAGUCUGUGCAGUAAGGGAAACAAGAUUGUAAAAUGUGCACUACAUUUAAAGUUGAACCAUUUUUUCUGGUUGAGCUUUUUUGUUUUAUUGUGAGGUCUUUUUUAAAAAAUAAAUUUAUGCUGUAUAUGAAAACCAAAGAUGCCACCAAUAUCAUUGUUCAUUUGGUUGAAGUGUUUAAAUAAAAAUUAAUAGAUGUGUAUUUAAUUUUAUGCAAGAACCCUGCCAUCACUCAUAGUUUCUUUUAAAAUAUAUAAACUGAGGAAUCAAUUUAGUAUUCAUGAAUAAACCCAAAACAUUAUUUGGGCAAUGAGUUUUGACCAACAAAUCUUUGCAAGUAAUAGUUGUGCUUAAAACUAAAUUCCCAUUUCAUAGUGAUUAAAAAUUUCAGGUAUACCUAGACGGAGUGUUCGUUUUUAAAAUCAAUAUUUUAUGGGCUAAUUAAAAAUGGAGGGUUCCUAAAAAUUGAAGUCAAGUCACGUUCUAUUAAUUUUUUAAAACACUAGUGCAUCAAACCUUUUGCAAAUUGUAAGAUAUUGACAAAUUAUUUAAAUAUUUGCAUGAUUGCUUGUUGAUCUUACAUUUUAAAAUUGAUCAACUAAGCUAAGAACUUCAUAUACAGCACCAUCUAAUGGAUCAAAAAGGCAGUGUAAAGUUGUUUAUUAAAAUGCUGUGAUGCAUACCAUUUAUCAUAAACAUUGGAAGUGUGUUAAAACAUCGUAACAAAUGUUGCAUUAAUAUUCUAAGCCAAUCCCUUAGGAAACAUUUCUGUAUUUGAAAAAAAUCUUUCAUGGGACGAGAAUUAAAUAGCCCAUAAUGCUGCAGACGGUGAAUUUAAACAGGAACCUCACCUCCCACAGAAUAAAGAGAAUCUCACUGCUGUUGGUGAGUUUCAGUGUUUUUUUUUAUUUUUGUUUGCUGUCAACUUAGGUGUACCUUUUGAGUUAUGAAUAUUUCAUACUCCAGAAAGAAAGCCAGUGACAACCGAUCACCAGUGAGAUUUAUUCUCUGAACCCAGAUUUAUUUUGUCUAUUGUUUUAAUAAAUACUGAAUUGAAAGUGUUUUGAUGCGCAGCUUUGAUUUGAAAGUUUUAAUGUACCUAUUAACAAGAAAUUACUUACGUAACUUAAAAAAAGAUGGUAUUGACCCUUCACCAUUUCUAAAGGAAAUAGUCAGUGCUUACGGUUUGCUGCAUAAUAAAUAUUUGAUAUUACAGUAUUUCAUCAAAUUUAAUUAUCUAAAAUGAAAACAAAGCUUGCAUUCUGCAAAUUACUAAGCUUGAAACUCUUGACUUUGUGCUGUAGAAUGCAUACUGCAGUAUAGCAGUGAACCUAUUCUUGAUUUGGCUCCUCUUUUUCCCAGCUGAAUAUUUAUUCCUCAGGUUGCAUGUCCAUCCUCAUGAGCAAGUAGCAUCUGUUUGAUAUAAGAAUACAAUUGAAUUUGAAAUAUGACUUUAUAAUUGUGAUUGCAAGGUAAUUCGCAAACAAAAAUAUUCAAUUGGAUGUUACUUCAUUUAAAUUAACAUCAAAAUUCACAUCAAACAUAAUCCUCUGAGUAUUGGAUAGCACUUCUGAAUAACCCAUUUUUUUGUAAGUUUUCUGUAAAUUUUCAAUCCUGGACAAAAUUGUAGAUGGAUGUAUGCAACGGUAACAUAUCAAUUUACAAUAUUCUCCCAAUAAAUGUAGACCUGAAUAUUUAAUAGUUGCUUAUUUAAUGUAGCAAUGCUUCCGCAUCCUCAAAGGGUUAUGUUGAAUGACAGAGUGCAUCUGUCAUGUAAAUAGUAUUUUUCAAUAUAUGUCAGCAUUGUUGCAUAGAUGUUAUGUCUUCAUUCCAAUUGCAAAUAGCUGGAACAUUGUAUUGCUUUUCUACCAGACCUUUCAAAUUGCCUCUACUGUUGUAUUUGAGUUGGAAGGACAAUUAUGUACUGCAAAGGCUAAAUGUUUGUGUUGAUAAGAUGUAGUUAAGAUGGUAUACUUUUUCAUAGAAAUAUGUAACUUUCAUAUGUAAAACUGUAAAUUCAGGAAAA